AUGGCAACCAUCACCACCACGCAGAGCGCCUUCACCUUGGCGCUCGCUGAGAGACGCGUGCACGCUCCGGCGCAGAAUUGCUCGCUCCCGAGCGCGCACGAGCAAAACCGGAGUAAAGUGCUGAAGAGACAGCGCUCCAACUCGCCCGAGCUGCUGCGAUGCAAACGACGCCUGAGCUUCAACGGCCUGGGCUACUCCAUUCCGCAGCAACAGCCCGUGGCCGUGGCCCGCCGGAACGAACGGGAGCGGAACCGGGUCAAACAGGUCAACAUGGGAUUCCAGACGCUGCGCCAGCACGUGCCCAACGGGGCCGCCAACAAGAAGAUGAGCAAGGUGGAGACGCUGCGCUCGGCGGUGGAGUACAUCCGAGCUUUGCAGCAGCUUUUGGACGAGCACGACGCGGUGUCGGCGGCCUUCCAGUGCGGCCUGCCCUCGCCCACGCUUUCCAACACCUACUCGGCCGACCCGGAGUCGCCUCACUCCACCUACUCGUCCGACGAGCCUCUGAGCUCCGAGGAGCAGGAGUUGUUGGACUUCACCACCUGGUUCGAUCGCUACUGA